AUCCACGCGACUGUAUCUUCCAAUUGCCGCAAUUAUGGCAGAAGACCAGUCAUCACCAUCAUCUCCGGUUGAUGAACCAGUCGUCAAUGGGCUUGAAGGUUCUUAUGAAUUUAUUGAUACGAGAGAUAAUCCUGAACCGGUACAGACAAAUGGAGAUGGGUUUGAAGCUGAAUCUUCAUCUGAGACCAGUGAGGAUAAUCAACGUUUUCCAGAUGAGGAAGAUAAUUUUUCUUCAGGAGAACGUGUCUCGGAGCUUCGUGCCGUCGAAAGACAACCAUUCACAUAUCCCACAAAUUUUCGCAUACUUUACGUUGGUUCGCUACCAAACGAACAAUUAAAACAAUUACUAUUUAUGAAGUUUGUGGGUGGGUUGUCUGAUAUUUUCUGGGAAGAAGCGAACAACGACCUACAAAGCUAUGAAAUAAAGCAAGAGAGAAAAAGUAUUCUUUAUCCGGUUAGCAACAUCGAAGAUCCCCAGUACUAUCCCGACUCGGGCGUUGCAAUCAUCGAGGCUGACUUCACAAAUCGACCGUUUGGAGAUGCGUUUGAUUAUCUUCUUAAUCAAUACCAAAAAAAAGAUAAUAAUGACGAGGAUUUAGUUGAUUUAUGCGUCUUCUUUAUACCAACUGAUGUGCCGCAACUUACCCGCGAGGUUAUUCCAUUCAUGAAGAAAUUACAAGGAAAAGUCACCAUAUUCCCGAUCAUCGCAUCAGCAAAAGACUUGAAUGGAUCCGGGACCUAUUUCAAAAACGAAUGUGAAGACAAACGAAAAUCAAUUGCAAGAUGCUUCGAAGAGAACAACAUUGAUAUUUUUAUAUGGAAAGAUGACGGGUUAAUCCAAGAGCGACACGUAGUUAAAGGCGAGCAGAUCCCGCGUUGGGUUGAAACAUAUAACACAAAAAAAGUUCUUGCGGUCGAAGAAUUCACCGAGAUAGAUUCGGAUCUACUUUUUGAGGACCUGAAAUUGUUGCGCGAACGGUCGUUGGAGAUGCGAAAAGAUCGUCAACAUGAUGAAAUGGUCAAAAAGAGGGUUCAGACUUUUGAGUGGUUUGUGGAAAUUCUUCGGACUUUUACUAUUGUGUUGACCAUUCUUUAUACGUUAUAUUUGGUGGUGUUUGGUGUUUGGAGUUAUGCUGAAUGGUCGGUCAUGUCGUCUGAUCUCCGAGAAUCAUUACAAGUCGUGUCAAGCGCAACGUUUGGCAAUAAUAUGCCAAACUUGCUGUCUGGUGGAAAUAACAUCAAUUACGAGGACACAUCAGGCCGCUUUGAAGUGUAUCAAUUAUCUCGAUCACGAUUUGUCAUUGAUACAUCCUCGAGACGGGACAAUGAGGCAUCGUUUGAGGUAACCGUCAAGCAUAAUCCUCAAUUAUUACGCCGCUAUGAGUCUGUAGAACUUAGAAAUGGAAAAUACGAAUUUGAUAUUGACGUCUCCGGUGCUAAAGGAGACGUUAUUGUAGAAGUAUGGGAGAAAUAUGAUAAAACAGCCAGAAUAGUAAAAUGGUCACCAGAUAAAGUCACAAAACUUGUAUCUGAAGCAGCAGUACCUAAGGAAGACGAAAACGGUAUAAUUAAAGGAGCAACCAAUUAUGUUAUGCUUGCUGCUCAUAAUAUAAAACACUGGACGACACCAUCCAUUCAAAAAGUCAAAUCAUGGGUAGCAAAAGUCCAACAGAAUAUCGAAGAUAAUGCUAUUAGCUUUGCACUCGCCUCUCAAAAUUGGGUGAAGGACAUCAAAGAGAAACUCGAAGAAAAAUGGGUGCCUGUAUGGGAUGCGUUCAGAAAGUGGGGUAUUUACCUCAAGGAGCAGUUGGGUGCAUUAGUAGCUAACUAG